AUGGUUUUGUUAAUUGGGGAUUUGAGAAAAGAAGCAUGUAAGAAAACAGGGGCAGUUUUUGAUCCAUCUUGUAGUAAAAAUAAUUCAAUGUUAGUGUCAAAAAGAAAGCAUCUUUCCGGCAAGAAUUUGUACCAAACAAAGGUACAAUUUUCCGGCGGCGAAGGCUCGAUUCAUGAUGUUAGAAUCGAGUGCGAUCCUGGCUGCGGCGGCGACGAUCCUUCCCUCACGAUUCGGAUCGAUUCUGAGAUAGUUAUGCGAAUUAAGCAUUUGAAGUGGAAAUUUCGCGGGAAUUGUAGAGUUUUGGUCGACGGGGCGCCGGUCGAAGUUUAUUGGGACGUUCAUGAUUGGUUGUUUCGAUCGCGGUUGGGCUACGCGGUUUUUGUGUUUCGGACUCGGGUUUCGACGGAGGAGAAAUGGGUCGACGACAUUUUGCCGAUUUGCAAUUUGAAUGCGAUGUCGUGGAGUUGUAAGGAUAGCGGUGUUGUCGAGGAUUUUGGAUUUUCAGAUUUCGGAUAUUGUUUGGUUUUGUAUGGAUGUAAGAAUGAAUAG